AGGUCGUUUGCGCUUUCUAUGCACUUCUGGGGGAACGAGCGCUCCCGACUUCAAGCCAACUCCAUCGGAAGCAAGCCAACUCGCUCUAUAUAUGAACUGCAAAGUUUAAAAAACGGACGGGGCUGUUUCCCGGGGCAGCAAAGCCAGCGGUACUGAGCAGCAAGCCUGUCGCUUCUAAGCAUGCAAGGGGGAAAGAACGGGGAUCGGGAAGCAGAAACAGCAAGCAAACCCUCCCUGCCCUUGCUGGUGUGAUUAGAUCACAUUCGGGCAAUUUGGGAGAACCUCCCUUCCUUUCCACGAAGGCUUAUCCGCAGACUCCCUUCGUUGUGCACAAGCGUCUCCGCCCACCCACCCACGUGAUUUCUAGGAAAUCCAUUCAACGCCUGUUCCCAAAGUUUCGGUUUCUUUUCCUUAGCGGAAAAUCUAUCUAUAUAUAUAAAGCGCCGACUUCCCUCUGGCAACGCAGCCAUGGCUAGCUUGGUCGAUGCGUUGUCUAUGUUCGGGCUGGAAGACGAACUGACUUGCGCCAUCUGCCUAUGUAUUUUUCAGACGCCGGUCACUACGCCCUGCGGCCAUAAUUUUUGCCUGCCUUGCCUGGAGAUGACCUGGAUGGACAUCGAGGAAAACUUCAGCUGUCCCCAGUGCAGGGCUUCUUUCGAAAUUCGUCCUGACUUGAAGAAAAACACGGUGCUUUGCAAGGUGGUGGAGCAAUUUCAGGUCAGCCAAGAUGGCCCCUCCAAAGGGACAUGCGAGGAGAAGCAGAAGAAGGCGGACAGCAGCGUGCCCAAGCCGAGGGCUCCCUCUCCAGUGGCCUGCGACAGUUGCUUGGUGGUCGUGGCGGCCAAGACCUGCCUCACCUGCAUGGCUUCCUUUUGCCAGGAACACCUGAGGCCCCACCUGGAGAGCCCAGCGUUUAAGACCCACCAGUUGUCUCCACCUGUGAAGGAACUUCAGCAGAAGAAGUGUCAGACGCAUAACAAGCUCCUGGAGGUCUUCUGCCAGGACCACAGAGUUUCCAUCUGCUGUUUUUGCCUGGUUUCUCACAAGACCUGCUCAACUAGCCUGUUACAAGAGGCCAAGGAAACAAAGAAGUUACAGCUGAAGAAGAGAUUAGCAGAACUCUGUGCCCUCAGUGACAAGACUGCUAAGUCCUUGGAACAAGUACGAGCGCAGCAAAAGCAACUCAGCAAUACCACUAGUCGGAAGCUGGAUUUGCUGAAAUCAGAAUUCCUAGAAAUAGUAGCCUUAAUUCAUGAAGAAGAAAAGGAUUCUUGGAAGACAAUCAAAGCAGAAGAAAAAAGAGUCCUCGAUAAAUUUGAAUACGUCCAUACAGUCCUGGGUAAGAAGAAGAAUGAAAUCCAGAGGGAGAGAGAUGAAAUUGAAAUGACCUUGACAGAGAUGGAUGACAUCACAUUUUUAAAGAGAGCAACAAAACUACGGGAGGUAUCCUUCACUGAUGUGUUUGUUCCCAGAAUAGAGUUGGAUCAAAACCUGCUAGGCACUGUUUAUCAGAAAGCCUUUAACCUCAAAGAACUUACAAAACGAUCUUUGGGUGUACCUCUGGAACAGAAAAAAAAAGAAGGGCCCAAAUCAGAAGCUCUUACACCACAACCAAAAGAAUAUAGAUCUAGUAAUGUCGGCAUUUUUGCACUCCCAUUGAAGAUGCCCAUGGUAGAAGAGGCAUGCCCAGCAGCUGUAGGAAAAACUAGGGACGGUGCAUAUGCCGCUGGUAUAACUGACGAGCAGAGAAAUCGCCUUGGCAAACGCGCACAAAGUCCCAGAAGGAGAGGUCAAAGCUCCAACAGAGCUGAGACAAAGAGUGAAACAACAACUCUUGAUACUUUUUUAACAAAAUCAAGAGAGGAGCUUCUGGAAUUUGCUACACAGUUUACUCUGGAUCUCCACACUGCUCAUAAGAAUAUCAUCUUAUUGGAGAAAAACACCAAGAUGUCUGUCACGGAAACAGUGCAGGAUUACGAACUGCACCCUCGGCGCUUUUUAAACUACUUCCAAGUGCUUUCCUUCCAGUGUUUCAAGAAGGGAAUCCAUUACUGGGAAGUUGAUUUGGAGAACAACAACUUCUGUGCUGUCGGCAUCUGCUAUGGGAGCAUCCCCAGACGGGGGCCGAAAAGCCGCCUAGGACGCAAUAAUAGCUCCUGGUGCAUCGAAAAGGUCAACAAUAAGAUCUCAGCUUGGCACAAUGAAAAAGACACAUCUCUGCCGAGCAACAAAGCAACGAAGAUUGGCGUCCUUCUAAAUUAUGAUGGGGGUUUUGUCAUUUUCUUUGGUGUCAUUGAGAAAAAAGUCAUCGUGCUCUAUAAAUUCAAAGUAGAAUUCACAGAAGCUGUCUAUUCUGCAUUCUGGGUGUUUUCUAAUGGAACCACCAUUUCACUCUGCCAGCUGAAGUCGUAAUAGGCUGUGCACAGAAUGGCCUUCUCCCAAAGACCUGCUAUGAUGUUGCCUUUCUACAGGCUUUCCUGUGGAAUGAAGUCUUGAAUGAAUGUUUUGAUUUUAAGCUCUGUGUUUGCUUUUGGGGAAAUUCUGGGGUUAUUCGAUCAAUAUUUUAGUCCACUAACAGAGGUCCUUGGCAAACCCAUUGGGGAAACUUGCCUAGAGGGUUCUUAGUGGAUUGCACCCAUCAGGUUUAUUGUUUGCCUCAUAACUCUGCGGUCUAAUGGGAAGGUACUUCCUUCAUUUUGUCUCAUGCUCUACUAUAAAAUAAGAAAUGCAGAAAAUAAAACCCCUGGAUUUUCAGUGACCUAGUUGUUAACUUCUGCACAGGCUUCACUGUUCACAGCUUUCAUCCGCUUCUUUUUGUGGUGGGCACUCCUUGUUUCUCACGGGGUGAAUAUUUCAGGGGUGUUCUCUUAACUUGCCUAGAAUUUGCUGCCACAUUUGGCUGUAUGAACGGCAAGCUCUUAAGGGUCUUAUUUUUCAGAUGUCUGAAAACAAGGCUGUGCUGGGAGACAAUCUUUUUCAUCCCUUUAUCAAGCGCCAUGGAAAGAAGGGAAAGUGGUACUUUGGUAGUGCUGCUUGGAGGAAAAGUGAAAAUAAAAAGGCAGCAUUUUCAUUUCUGGAGCUCCUUUUGAGGUCAUGUUUCAUGGAUUUCUUUCCCUUCCUCCCUACUUUUCAGAUGCUCUGAAGAUGUAGGAAAGGCCAUUUUGUGCCAUCUGAUAAAUCCUUUGCUCAGCUUAGGUCCUCAGAAUUAUAUGUACUUAAGCUAGAGCUGUUUCUCAGUGGGUGUGCAAUAGCUUUAGACUGUGUUCUGCAUGCAAGUUAGGCCGUGAAUAUCCUUGGCCAUGGUUACCAAAAAGAAGUGGUUUAAAAGAAUCAGCUGCUUAACCAACCAACUCACAUUGAACAUUGUUCUUUGAUUAUGCUUGACUAAGAGAAUGAGGUUCCUGUUCCUGUUCUUUGAAGGGCUACGUACCUUCACAAUGAUGUUCUAGAUUCUAGAUAUAUUUAGAAGAUUAGGUAUAACGUCUGCACCUAGUCUUACAGGCUUUGUUCUGCUUGUCAGUUUGAGGUAAUUAGAUUACUCUAAUUUCCUGCAUGCUGUUCUCUGAGCAUAGCCUUUGAUCGCAUUUGGCUGUGGAACCAAGUGUUGAAGAUCAUUUAAAAGACUUCCAUUAAGUGUGAAAACCCAUUCAGGGUGCCAUUAAUUUCUGUCUGCAAGCUUCCCAGCCAGCAUUUCAACUUCAGUAUAUCUUCUGCUUUCUUUUUAAAAAAUGAACAGUAGACUGGGAAGAUCCAGAGAAAUUGGAAGCGAAUGGUUUAGGAAACCCAGUUGAGACUUCUGAUAGUUUUCAUCCUGGGGCAGGAGAGGCACCUAAUGGCACAUGGUUGUGAGAAUCGCACAUCUAAGCCAUUGAAUACCUUGCUAUGCUUCCUCAUUCAUUAGAGGUAUUCUAAUUGGCAUUAGAAGAAUCCAUAACCCAAAUGUAAUGGCUUAUGGAGCUGUCAGCUUUCAGAAAUACCUCUGCUAAGAAGUGGAAGGAAGUAUCCAUAUGAUAGAAGUAAAUAAAUAAAUUACAGUUUUUGCCAAAUCUAGAUUUCUGCAAAUCUAGAACAUAAUUUGAGAUAAAAGGGCAGUCUGACUGUAGCAUUCUGGUUCAGUUGUAGGGUUAGGAACAAGUAAAGGACCCAGUCUCAGGAUACCACAGGCGAACUUGCUUACUAAGUGUAUCUUUUAUGCGACAAUAUUAUUUGACUUUGAGAAAUGUUUAAGAGUCAAAUAACAGGCAUUAGGUACGAGAUGCUCUGGAAGUUACUGAAGUGGAAUGGACCACUAGAAGAAAUAAAAUGAGCAUUAUCCAUUCCUUAAGGGGAAAAGGCUAAUUAGUUUACUGCAAGGUAUGAAGUAAAAAUAGGAACAGAAAAGUUCCACAAAGGAAAGACAACCAUCCAUCUAUAUUGAGAUCAUGGCUGCAUGAAGAUGAGAAAAAUUGGCAUGAGACCCUGUGGUUUCUUCUGCAAUGUAACACGUAUUUUGAAGUGGAGGGGUACUAGGAAUGUCCCUCUAUUAUGAGGCUUGCAUAGUUGCAUGUUUCUCUUCGGCUUUUGCUUUAUUCUUGAGAGCAUAUGCUCCCAUAGGAAGCAUUCUUUCAACAAAUCAUCACUUAGAUUUAGACAUGUAUCUGUAAUUUUUUUUAAAACUCACAAAUCCUAAGGCAGUGUGUAUCCAGCCUCUUGUUAUCCAAAUACCAUGUGGCUAGCAUUCACUGUGGUGUCUUUGCUGGUAUCUAAAUGCCUUUAGGUCGUGGUUACACUAGGUGACUAAUUAAUAUUGAAGGCUUAAUGAUUAUAUUGGAACCACCUAAUGUUCUUGAAUUAUCUCUGGGACUCUUUUAAGAAUUUCUUUACAUAGUUUAUUUAGUAAUUAAAUAUUUUAAAAUGUUUAUCCAGGCACAAUAUUGUUCUUUGGCUAAAAGUUGUUUCUUAGCCUUUGUUUCUUAUAUUACAAACCAGGUUUCUUUCAGAUCAGCCCCAAAUAAUGUUUUAUCUUAUGGCAAGUCAGCUAUUGGUAUAAUGUCAGUGGGUAGGAUCGAAGCAUAUUAUUUUCCCCUGGUUUUAACAAAAGACAACCAAAUCUCAUGCUUUCGCUUUGAACUUUUGUGUUGUUGGUUCUGUAUCUCCAAUGGUCAUAUUUGUAUUAUUAACACUUGUUAUGAUCUAGCCUGUGGCUUAAUAUUUUUUUGCUCAGCUUUUCAAAGAUGCAGGAGAUGCAUCACAAGCAAUUUUGGCAUUAAUAACACUUUGGAGAAAUGGUUUCUUUGGGACCUCGGCAGAAAGGUUGUUCAGCAUGCUAUAUUAUGCUGUGUUAUGUUGACAGUAACAUAUAUAGAUUUGUGAGCCAGUUUGUGUUUUUAUUUUGAAUUGUAAGGGAAAAAAACACAUUUGUGGUUUACGUUAACAAACAGUGACCUCAAAAUCUCAGAUAGUUGAAACUGUUAACGAUUUCUGCUGAAGUCUUUACCUUGCUUAAUUAAGAAUCAGACUAUUGUCUCCGAAACUAUAAAAAGGUAAUGUGAUGAACCUCAUUGCCUGGUCUUUCAAUAAAUCAAUGCUUGUUAAAUUAAAAUUAAUAAAGUUUAUCGUGGCUAA